AUGGCGUCUCCCCGUGGCGUGCAGCUGUGGUCGCGCAUCUACGGCGGCAGCAGCGGGUCCCUGGGGUGGAUCCCGCUGUCCGAGGGCAGCGAGAGGGAGUGUGACGCCGAGGUGGGCACCAUGAGCGUUGGCUGGGCAGGGCACGCGCGGAUCCUUCAGGACCCGAAGGAGAGGCACCUGCUGAUCCCGCGGCCGAUCGAGGAUAAGGGCGACGACGGUGGGGGGCGACGGGCACGGCACGUCUACGUCUUCCAGGAACAUCGGCUGCUGGACGAGGCGUGGGCUGGAGUUACAGGCAGCAUGAAGGCAUGCGGAUAUCAGAUCGGAGGUACCACAGCCGUUCCCACAAUCGGACGUGAGGGCGAGCCAGGUACCUCGGCGGGCGUAGGUUUUGCUGUGCCGAAGGACAUGGGCAUGGCUUUUCCCUGUGGCCAAGCCAAGUGGGACGUUUCGCCCAAGGGCUCGGCAGGACGGGCGGCGGUUGCCUGGAUAGCAGCGGGGCGGGGAGGCAUGCUGAUCGCGACGGUCUACCUGUGGGCGGCGGUCGUGGAGAUUAUGGAGAGCCCGGGCAUGCCAUGGGUGAUGGGCGGCGAUGUCCAGAACUCCCUUGGCGUCCUGGCAGAGGUGAAGGCAAUCAAGCAGGCGGAGACCAUGCUGGUGGCGCCCACGACGGUGGUCAAGAUCGUGGUGCAGGAAGGGUGGCCGUCGGCGCCGCGCAAGCCAGUCGGCCUCACCCUGGAUGCGAGCGUCCAGGUGAAGCGUACCAGGACCCUGCAGAAGCCGAAGGACUUGGACGACGUCAUCAUUGGUUGCGCCCCUGAGCCGCCGAGUUGCGACAAGGCGGGGUCGUUCGACUCGGUGGGCACUGCCGCCAAGAGCUGGGGCCACUUCAUGCAGAAGCUGGAGCGUGAGGUCAAGCAGGGUGGUUGUAACCUGCCGAAGCCGACAGGAGCGGCGCUCUGGUGGAGGUGGCUUGCCAGGACGUUGGGCAACCUGAAGGGCGCUUACGAUCGUCUGCACUCGAAGACGGUCAACGCGGGCCCCAUCGCCCAGAGGCUGGUCGAUGUGCUUGCACAAGAGAGGCUCUUCAACCUCAGCGGCACGGCGCGCAACGUGAGGGUGGUGGACCAGGCCGAUCGUGAGCUUUGGGCUGCGAGGUGCCAGGUGAUGGCGGAAGGGCUGUGGCGAGGGGCCGAGAAGCAGCAUAUCCUGAAGGCGUUGCUGGAGGAGGCGAGAGCCAAGUCCAAGCGCUUCGAUCAGGAGUUGGUCAACGAGAGAAGGAAAGGAUGGGCAGCCAAGCUGGAGUCGGCGGUGAAGGGUGCGGCAGGUGGCCUUCACAGGCUGUGCAAGCCAGCUGAGGUCUGGCGCCCACGGCGGGCGGCAACUGCUGCUCAGUCCGCCGACCUUUUGCAGGCUGCUCAGUAUGCGCUGGACGAGUGGAACAAAGCGUGGCGAGUGGGCGAAGAACUGAACGAUUUCAAUGACGGGGACUUCGAACGGCUAAGGAAGGUCGCUUGCAGUUUCAUGAAGAGGACGGAGAUCGGAUCAGACAGGUGGCACCCGUCCAUGUUGCAGGGCGCCUCGGACGACGCGCACUGGGCGUUGCUCGCCAUCCUGGCCAAUGAGCUGGUCGACCGUGCUAUCGGCCUCCUGCCCACCCUGGUGAGGGUCUGGGAGAUCAUGAGGGAGCCGUACUUGCAGGCGUGGGCGAGGGAGAAUCACAGAUCGUGGGACUGCACGUCCUACGGGCGCGCGGCUGAGGAUGCGGCGUGGGAGGUUAUUUUGGCACAUGAAGCGGGCGCUCCUGGAGAUGCUGAUCCUGCAGUCAUUGCCACGAUCACGGCGAUCCUAGACCUGGCGAAGGCCUUCGAGAGGGUGUGUUUGCACGUCCUGUGGGGGCGGGGCAAGCGCAUGCGCUUUCACGCAGGGAGUCUUGCGGUGGUAUGCUCUUGUUUUGCCAUGGCGCGGCGUGUCAGCGCGGGGGGCGCGGUGUCGCUCGAGACACGCGCGGUGUGCACUAUCAUUGCAGGCAGCAAGUUCUCGGUGGGUUUCCUUAAGAUGGUGAUUCAGGAUACGGUUGACGGCUUGGUGGUUGAGCAUCCGCCGGCAACGUGGCGCAUGCACGCCGAUGACCUCAGCAUCAGGCAGAGGGGUGCGCAGCAGUGGGUGGCCGACGUGUUCCCUUUGGCGAUCGACGACAGCAUUGCGAGUUUUGCUGAUCUGGGCCUGGAGUUCUCCGUGGGUGCAAAGGGCAAAGGCGCGGCCAUGGCUAAUACCAAGUGGCUCAGAGACGCCGUGCAGGGUGAUAUGAGCCAGGGGGGUUUGCCAGUUGCCCGUGCCUGCCCAUACCUGGGGGUCGACAUGGUCUCCAGUGGCGCGGCACUCAAGGCAAAGAGCGGCAAGCGUUUCGCCAGGAUGCGGAGGCGGACGGCCAGGUUACUUCAGCUACGGGGGGCGAAAAGUCUCACUUUGCAGUUGGCCCUCGCGAAGGAGGGACCCACGUGCGAGAUCACGGCCGCUCCUGCGGUUCGCUGGUCGCGCGCUGCGCGGGAGCUCACGGCGGGAGAAGAAGCGGCGAGAGCAGCGCAGUGGGAAGCCCAACAGGGGCAAGUGCCAGAGGCUGAUGUGCAGGCCCUCACUCACCCCCACACCAAUGGCACCGUGCUCGCAGGGAAUGGUGCUGUAGGUGACGUCGCUGCUCUGGAUGAAGCACUAGGAGUCUGGGCGGCGCUGUGGAUCACCGACCUUUGCGGGGUGGACUACCAAGACGUCGACGACUGGCUUGAGUGGGUAACCGUGCUGGUCGGGGUGAGGUACGAGGGGGCCACACAGGCAGAUAUUGUAGCUACUUGCAAACGGUCGCGGGCUCGGGCACGAUGGUGGCGAGCGGCGGCGAUCAGGUACAUCAAUGACCUGGAUUACGUGGACCGAGUGGAGGUGCUGAAGCAAUGCCGAUACGAGCGUGGAGCGGCGCAGCAGGAACUCCGACGGCUGCUCGGCGACAGGCUGCGACGGGCACCUGACGAUGGAGUGCGGCAGCUGGAAGCGGGCAGCGGGUGCCACAACAUCGGCAGCCUCGGCGACCUGCUGGACCUCUUCGUGCAGGUGGGUCGGCAGUUGGCCAUCUCGGAGGAGCGUGUCAGCGGACGACGGCGGGAACUCAGUGAACGUGAGGACCUGCGGGAGCAACUCCAGAGAGCGUGGAAGCAGCAGCAAAGCGCAGUAGGUAUGCAGCCGCAGUGGGGGCGUGUCAAAGGCCCUGCAGGUGCUGUCAUCAUGUCCAUACGCAGAGCGGGCUGGAAGUGGCCGGAGUGGCACCUUUUCCUGAUGCGCAAUGGGGAACAACUCAACCUAUUGGAGACCUGCCCCAACGACGUCGGGAUGUUAUUGCAGCAGGACCUGGAGGCGCAGCUGUGGGCGCAGUGGACAGCAGAGCCUGGGCACGAGAGCUUGGCACCAGCACCUUUCUUGCAGCCCGCUAAGGCGGUGUUGGGGGCCAGGAACUUCCCGAAGCAUGCGAAGAACGCAGCGAGGAAGGUGCUCAUAAGCGACUCCUAG